GGAAAUCGAACCGCGAUCUGUUGCGAUCCCCUGGGAAUGUAGUUUUCGUCCUCUUUGCGGUAUCCGAAAGGGGGCCCGCCGCCUGCAGUUGCCAGCUCCGGAGGAUGGAACCGUCUUCAAGUUGGUCCUGACGAGCCGAUGAAAGAUCCAGGCUCGCUGAAAUAUUCAAGCCGGGAAAACUUGCUUUGCCUUUCCGCCUGGGUCGAAGGCAUCGGAUGUGACAGGGCAGAGAAACAUGCCUUUCACGUUUGCUCCCGGUUGCUUUGGUGCAAUCGAUCCUUCCACGAGAUCCAUCGAUUGAGGCGGAGAUGGUGAUCCAGUCAUGCCCACAGGGCUGCGUGCAAAGUGAGCCCAAAGCAGUUCGGAUUCGCAUCGUGGGGGAGUCGGUGUCUCCCCAAACUUCAGCAGGGAAGCAACAGGAAUAGAAGUUCCCUAAAGGAGCCAAGGAAGCUCGGCCUCUGGGUUGCAGAGCCGGGGGCCGGGAUCCCACCGGGCAUUGGGACCUGAAGGCCAUCGCGGACAAAGCGACCACUGCAAGAGGGGUCAGUGGAGAGAUCUUGACCCCGAGGAAUAGUUGGGGAGAACAAAAGAUGAAGUUCAGCCUCUCUGUCUUCUGCCCAGGAUGGUGGACAUUGCUGUUGCUUCAGCUCCACUGGCUUCAGGCACUGGCCCAAGAUGAUGUGGCACCAUAUUUCAAGACAGAACCUGGCCUGCCCCAAAUUCACCUGGAAGGAAAUCGUCUUGUCCUUACCUGUCUCGCAGAAGGGAGCUGGCCACUGGAAUUCAAGUGGUUGCACAAUGACAGUGAAAUCACCAGCUACUCGAGCGAAUAUAAGUACAUCAUCCCUUCGCUUCAGAGAUUUGAUAAUGGCUUCUAUCAGUGUGUGGUGCGAAACAGGAUGGGGGCACUCUUGCAAAGAAAAUCAGAAGUUCAAGUGGCAUAUAUGGGGGAUUUCAUGGCUGCAGAUCAGAGAAAAACUGUUUCUCCAGGGAUGGCAGCUGUUCUAAACUUGCUGCAAAUUAUCAGCUAUCCCAAGCCACAGGUGACUUGGUUUAGAGAUGGACACAAGAUUAUUCCAAGCCACAGAGUAGCCAUCACUCUAGAGAAUCAGCUGGUGAUCCUGGCCACGACCACAAGCGAUGCGGGAGGUUACUAUGUCCAAGCCGUAAAUGAAAAAAACGGAGAAAACAAAACCAGCCCUUUCAUUUAUCUGAGCGUAGCAAAUGAGAAUAACGCAUCUAGACCUGUGGCUCCUGUCAUUGUAAUCCCUCCAUGCAAUACCAGUGUGGUAGCGGGAUCCAGUGAAAUCACAUUGGAAUGCAUAGCCAAUGCAAGACCUGUCGAGGAACUCAGCGUGACCUGGAAGAGAAAUGGGGUGAAAAUAACCAAUGGAAUUCACAGCUUUGGGAGACGGCUUACUAUCAGCAACCCGACUUCCUCCGAUAUUGGAAUGUAUAUCUGUGAGGCAAAAUUGAAAGAUAGUGCUUUUGAGACUGCAAGAGCAAAAGCCUAUCUUUCCAUCAUAGAACCACCUUAUUUUACUGCUGAGCCGAUGAGCCGCAUUCUAACUGAAGUGGAUAAGACAGUGGACCUCUUGUGCCAAGCAAUGGGGGUCCCUGUCCCUAAUCUUGAGUGGUACAAAGACUCUGUUCCUAUCAGCAAACUACAAAAUCCUCGGUACAAAUUGCUAAUGAGUGGCAGUCUACAAAUCCAGAAGCUGCAUCCUGAUGACUCUGGCAUCUUUCAGUGCUUUGCUCGUAACGAAGCUGGAGAAAUUCAGACACAUACCUAUCUGGAAGCAACCAAUAUCGCACCAACAUUUUCUCAGCGCCCAGCAGAUACCACAGUCACAGAUGGCAUGACAGCAGUUCUGACAUGUGAAGUUUCAGGGGCUCCAAAACCUGCCAUAACAUGGAAAAGAGGAGAUCAGAUUUUAGCCAGUGGCUCUGUCCAGAUUCCUAGAUUCAUCCUUCUCGAGUCUGGUGGCCUACAGAUUGCUCCUGUCUUCCUCCAUGAUGCUGGCAACUACACCUGUUAUGCCAUAAAUGCUGAAGGAUCUCUCAAUGCGAAUGCUGUGCUAACCGUGUGGAAUCGCACUUCCAUUGUUCACCCUCCUGAGGAUAUUGUUGUUAUUAAGGGAACCACAGCCACUUUACUCUGUGGGGCAACUCAUGACCCUAGAAUUUCCAUCAGAUACUUUUGGAAGAAGGACGGCAUCAUAAUCAAAUCAGCUGCCAGUUCGAGGCUCAUGAUAAGCAAAGAUGGUUCCCUUCUCAUUAGCCAGACAUGGUCUGGUGACAUUGGAGAUUAUACCUGUGAAAUUGUUUCUGUAGGAGGAAAUGAUUCCAAAAUGGCCCGACUGGAAGUAAUUGAACUGCCUCAUUCACCUCAAAACCUUAUGGCCAGCCUGAAUUCUUCUCAUAGUCGCACUGUGAUUCUCUCCUGGGUGCGACCCUUCGAUGGAAACAGUCCUCUUCUUUAUUACAUCGUGGAACUGUCUGAGAACAACUCUCCGUGGAAGGUGCACUUGUCUAAUAUUGAUCCCAAGACGAUGAGUGUGACCAUCAGUGAUCUGACUCCAGCCCGCACUUACCAGUUUAGAGUGUGUGCUGUUAACCAGGUGGGAAAGGGUCAGUACAGCAUGGAAACAAGCAGAUUGAUGUUGCCCGAGGAGCCCCCCAGUGCUCCUCCAAAAAAUAUAGUGGCCAGUGGACGCACGAAUCAGUCCAUCAUGGUCCAGUGGCAACCGCCCCCUGAAACUGAACACAACGGGAUUCUCCAUGGAUACAACCUCAGGUAUCGCCUGGCAGGCUUACCCGGGGAGUACCAGCACAGGAAUAUCACCAGCCCAGAAAUUAACUACUGCCUGGUGAAAGACUUGAUCAUCUGGACCCAGUAUGAAAUCCAAGUGGCAGCUUAUAAUGGGGCUGGGUUGGGAGUAUUCAGCAGAGCAGUGACCGAGUACACUUUACAAGGAGUCCCUACGGCUCCACCCCAGAAUGUGCAAACUGAAGCGCUGAACUCCACCACUAUACGGUUUCUCUGGAACCCCCCUCCACAGCAGUUCAUCAAUGGCAUCAACCAGGGAUACAAGCUCAUGGCCUGGCCAGUCAGUGUUCCUGAAGCUAUCAUUGUGGUCACCAUUGCUCCAGACUUUCAUGGAGUUCACAACGGGUAUAUUACUAACCUGAAGAAAUUCACCGCUUACUUGACCUCAGUUGUGUGUUUCACGACACCAGGGGAUGGCCCUCAGAGCCCGCCUCAGCUCAUAUGGACUCAUGAAGACAAGCCUGGAGCUGUGGGACACCUGAGUUUCACUGAGAUUCUGGACACAUCUCUCAAGGUCAGCUGGCAGGAGCCUGUGGAGAAAAAUGGCAUCAUUACAGGUUAUCAGAUUUCCUGGGAAGUAUACAGUAGAAAUGAUUCACGUCUUACACACUCCUUAAAUAGCACAACACAUGAAUAUAAAAUUAAAGGACUGUCAUCUCUCACCACCUACACCAUUGAUGUGGCAGCUGUUACCAUCAAGGGCAUUGGUCUGGUAACCUCAUCCACCAUUUCAUCUGGAGUUCCUCCAGAACUUCCUGGCGCCCCAUCAAAUCUGGUGAUUUCCAAUAUCAGCCCUCGCUCGGCCACCCUUCAGUUCCGGCCCGGUUAUGAUGGGAAAACCUCUACGUCCAAGUGGAUAGUUGAAGGCCAGGUUGGUGCAAUAGGAGAUGAUGAAGAGUGGGUUGGCCUCUAUGAGAAGGAGAAUGAGCCCGAUGCCCAGAUGCUGGAGAUUCCAAACCUCACUCCCUAUACGCAUUACAGGUUUCGGAUGAGACAAGUGAAUGUCGUUGGCCCAAGUCCCUUCAGCCAGUCAUCUCGUGUUAUCCAGACGCUGCAGGCCCCACCAGACAUCGCGCCAGGGAGUAUAACCGUACGAACUGCCAGCGAGACCAGCCUGUGGCUCCGCUGGGUGCCACUUCCUGAUUCUCAGUAUAAUGGCAACCCUGAGUCAGUAGGCUACAGAGUUAAGUACUGGCGAACAGACCUCCAUUCUUCAGUGCUGGUGCAAGUGAUCAACAACAGGCUGGAGAGGGAAUGUACCAUUGAAGAGCUAGAGGAAUGGACAGAAUAUGAGCUGCAGAUCCAGGCAUUCAACGCCAUCGGGGCAGGCCCAUGGAGUGAGGCAUUGAGAGGCCGCACUCGGGAAUCUGUUCCUUCUGCCGCUCCUGAAAAUGUGUCUGUUGAGGCUGUCAGCUCCACUCAGAUACUAUUGACAUGGGCCGCUGUUCCUGAACAAGACCAGAAUGGACUCAUCCUCGGUUACAAGAUUCUGUACAAGGCAAAAGAUUUGGACUCUGAACCUCAGACUUAUGUGGUGAGGGGGAACCAUACGCAGUCAGUUCUCUUGGCGGGGUUGCGGAAAUACGUGCUGUACGAGAUCCAGGUUCUGGCAUUCACCCGAAUUGGAAAUGGGGUCCCAAGUGCUCCUCCCAUAACCGAGAGGACAAAGGAUGAUGCCCCCGGUCCACCUGUGAGACUGGUGUUUCCUGAAGUUAAACUUACAUCAGUGCGGAUUGUUUGGCAGCCACCAGAGGAACCCAAUGGAAUCAUUCUGGGGUACCAGAUUGCUUACCGGCUUGCAGCCAGCAGCCCUAACACGUUCACCACCGUGGAAGUUGGAUCCACCAUCAGGCAGUUCAUGGCAACCGAUCUCACUCCUGAAUCAGCAUACAUCUUCAGGACAUCUGCCAAGACAAGACAGGGGUGGGGGGAGCCUCUGGAAGCCACAGUGAUCACUACUGAAAAGAGAGAGCGCCCAGCCCCCCCCAGCGAAUUGCUGAUUCCUCAGUCGAAAGUGUCCUCUCGGAGUCUACAGCUUCAGUGGAUUCCUGGCAGUGAUGGGUCCUCACCAAUACGGUAUUUCACCGUGCAGGUGCGAGAGCUGCCAGACGGAGAAUGGCAAACCUAUUCUUCUUCCAUCAGCCACGAAGCUACCGUCUGUGUCAUUGAAAGAUUGAACCCAUUCACCUCCUAUAAACUACGACUGAAAGCCACCAAUGACAUUGGAGACAGUGAUUUCAGUGUGGAGACAGAGGCAGUAACUACGUUACAGGAUGUUCCUGGAGAGCCACCAAGUUCGAUAUCAGUAACUCCCCAUACCACUUCCUCUGUCCUGAUCCAGUGGAAGCCACCAAGAGAUAAGAGUCUGAAUGGCCUUCUUGUGGGAUAUCGGAUUUAUUAUCGGGAGCUGGAUUAUGAAACUGGAUCUGGACCUGAGUCCAAGACUGUUACAAAUCCUUCUGCUCUAAGAGCAGAGAUCUCACCCCAAAGCAGCUUCAAGACGGUGAACAGCAGUUCUGCAUUAACAACAUAUGAAUUAACACAUCUGAAGAAGUACAAGAAGUAUGAGGUGAUAAUGACCGCUUAUAACAUCAUUGGGGAGAGCCCAGCAAGUGCGCCAGUUGAAGUCUUUGUAGGAGAAGCAGCUCCAGCAAUGGCCCCACUGAACGUCCAAGUGAACACUCUUACAGCAAGCCAGCUAGAGAUAACCUGGGACCCACCUCCCUUGGAGAGUCAGAAUGGGAACAUACAAGGCUAUAAGAUUUAUUACCAGGAAGAGGACAACUCUAACACGACAGAAAAAAUAAAGGUUCUUUUCCUCCCAGAGACAACAAUCAAACUGAAAAACCUGACCAGCCAUACCAAAUACUUGGUUAGCAUAUCGGCCUUCAAUGCAGCAGGGGAUGGACCGAAAAGCAGCCCCAGGCUGGGGACGACAUAUCAGGCCGCCCCUAACGCUCCCAGUUUCCUGGCAUUCUCAGAAAUUACUUCCACGACCCUUAAUGUUUCCUGGGGAGAACCGACAGCAGCAAAUGGAAUCCUGCAGGGUUAUCGAGUGGUUUAUGAACCCCUAGCACCUGUCCAAGGAGUGAGCAAGGUAGUAACUGUGAACAUUAAAGGAAAUUGGCAGCGCUGGUUGAAGGUGCGGGAUCUUACGAAAGGAGUGACCUACUUCUUCAGAGUGCAGGCCAGAACCAUUUCCUAUGGGCCUGAACUACAAGCCAACGUCACAGCCGGCCCAGCUGAGGGAUCUCCUGGUUCUCCUCAAGAUAUUUUCGUUUCAAAAUCAGCCUCUGAUCUGAUUUUGCAGUGGACAGAGGGAAAUUCUGGAGACACACCCACGACUGGCUUUAUUAUAGAGGCAAAGCCUUCAGAUGAAGGAUUAUGGGACAUGUUUGUGAAAGAUAUUCCUCGGAGUGCUACCUCCUACACAGUUGCUCUGGAUAAACUUAAACAAGGAGUGAGUUAUGAAUUCCGAGUUGUGGCAGUCAACGAGUUUGGCUAUGGAGAGCCUAGCAGCCCCUCUGCAGCAGUAUCAGCCCAACUGGAAACUCCAUUCUAUGAGGAGUGGUGGUUCCUGCUGGUAAUGGCUCUCUCAAGUUUAAUUCUCAUUCUUUUGGUGGUGUUUGCCCUGGUCCUGCAUGGACAGAAUAAGAAACACAAGAACUGCAACACAGGUAAAAACAUCUCCACCAUGGAGGAGACUGUUACGCUAGAUAACGGAGGAUUCACUGCCUUAGAGUUAAACAGCCGGCAUCUCACUGGAAAGAGCACAUUUUCCAAGAAAAACGGAACAAGGUCUCCACCUCGCCCAAGCCCUGGUGGCCUGCACUACUCCGAUGAGGAUAUCUGUAAUAAGUACAAUGGGGCUGUGCUCACCGAGAGCGCGAAUCUGCACGAAAAAUCCAUCAACGCGUCGGAAUCUGAGGCCACAGAUUCUGAUUAUGAAGAUGAGCUGCCGAAGCAUUCCUUUGUUAACCAUUAUAUGAGUGACCCCACAUACUACAAUUCUUGGAAGCGUCAGCAGAAGGGGGUGAAGCCCCCUGCCACCUAUAGGUACCAGGAGUGUGUAGGCGGCGAGGCAGAACCGUACUUCCAGACUGUCAUCACGACUCAGAGCGCCGGAGGAGUCUAUACCCCAUCGGGACAGCAGGCGCCAGGCUCACGGACUCCAGUCACGGGUUUCUCCUCUUUCGUCUGACACCCCUGAAAGCUACAGCACAGUGGGAGCUCCUGACGGGACCGGGACGGAGGCCCCCUCUUCCCCCUCCCCCUCAUAGAGACGGUGGUGGGAUCUGGGCAGUGAACUGUGGGUAGAUUUCUCCUCCAUCAGGGUAGAAUGGAUGUGAACAUUCAAGUGUCCAUUUUUUUUUUUUGGAAGACAAUCAACUCAACUGACAGAACUGAAGUUGUGUGGAAAGAAAUGUUGGAGAAGUGACCAUUUUAACCACUUGUGGAUAGUUGGGAUUUCCAUUUGAAGGGAUUUUCUUAUUGGCGGUUUUGUAAAGUCCAUUUCAGGAAACAGCUGCCUUUUCAUUUUUUAUGAGAUGAAUUCCACCUGGGCAGCAAAAGACUGGCUCCUCUGGGACUCCCAACCUGUCCUGUCCUUUCUUUCUCCAUUUUAGAAGUCCACUAGGAAGGUUAAAGGGUGGGGAGAGUAUGAAAAUGUGCUUCACCAAAUAUUAGGCCUCUCUCCCGACCUACGAGUUUCUCUUUUCUACCUCCCUCAUUAGGAACUCCAGCUGAUGAAAUUGUCUCCACGGUGAGACAUCUUGUUGGCUUGUGACGCUGUAAGAAUCUGAAUACUGUAGUACCUGGGUCCCACUGUUUAAUCCCAGUUCACCUCAUUCCUAAAAUAUUCCCACUCUGCAGCUUCACUUUUAGGAGAGAAAAAAACAGCUUGAGCACACUUUUAUGGGCCAAGGUGAUUCAACUGGCAAGCCAGUCUGACGUGGUGCCAUUUUGUCCCUGUGGAGACUCCAGUCCACCCUCCUAGAAUGCAUGUGCUUUUCAAAGACAAGAAAUGCUGGAUUAGGACAGGGGAGCCACUUGGAUUAGGGCAAACUUGUCUUUUAGAGUAAAGCCAGCUAAGCAACAGCAAGGGCAGCGUUUUCUGAAUUGCCUAGUGUAUAAUAAGUACACGUGUUUGUUUUGUUUUUAAAUCAUUUUGAUACAACACUAAAUAAGUGAGUCUUUGGUGUCCUCAGGUGCCUUUUUAAUCAAAUGUUUAGCUUUGUAUAUGAGAAAAGCAACAAGAUGUCUCUCCAAAUAAAACAAAACAGCUUUGAAGAAAGUCCAGUUGUGAAUAAUCUUGUGCCCAGUGGAAGGCUCUAUUUGUGCACACCGGCUCCAGCUCUUUUGCUUGAGGGGUGUCUUUCCUUUUGUUCCAUAUCCUCUCCCUUCCCUUUUCCCUCUCUCGUUCCCCUCCAGAGGGGCUAUGGCUUCCGCACUGAAUGAUGGGCAGCUCUCCCCGGCUCCAAAUUUGUUCUCUCAAGAGGUAUAGUGUGAGGCGAUUGCUGGGAAGACUCCUGGGCCCCAGAUUUGACUUCAGCGGGUGAUUGAAGGGGCAGGUUUGCAAGUAUGUUGCUCACCAUUGUUUCCUUCUCCUUGACCAGGCCGAGCACAAACGCUCUCCUGGCCACGACUGUGACAUCGGGGUCAUUGCAGAGCUGUGCCGUAAGUGCUCCUGGUCAUCACCUUCGAGCUAAGGCUCUAGCUUGGACUGGUCACUGCACCCAAAGCGCAGAUGUGGAGGAUACACCUGGCCCAUCCCCUGAGGAACUCCGGGUUACUGGGGGAUGAUUCUUCUGGAUGAUUGUGGACCAUGCCAACCUCUCCUGGAUGGCACCCAUUAGUGCCUCCCAGACAAAGUCUAACCCACACUACUUCACCUAUGACAACCCCUCAGGGUACUGCUGCUCUAGAAAGCUAUGGUGCAGCUCAGGAGAUUGAACCCUUUGAGUCUUUGUGUUGGUUAACGUUCCUUUUUCGGUGCUCCAAACUGGGGAGGGGAGAGGCAGGGAAAGAGAUCCUGUUUUGAAAAACAGUCAAAAAUAUCUAAACCAAAUAUCCCAGAGGGUUCUUCCAAAGCCUUUUUGACAUGCGAUAACUACCCACAGUUCACUGGACAGGAAGUGACUACUCAGUGAUUGGAGCCUUGGUCUUGGGUGAAGCUCUUCUCACUUCACAGUGGCAGAUUGCUAAGGGAGCCACCGGAAAACAACUUGAAUUUCUUUGGAAGUCAAAAGUAGAGGUGGAGAACAUGGACUAAACCACUGCCUGUCGUGCACUUUGACUGCUCUUUUAAGCCAUACGGACAUUGCUUUAAUUAAUGGACUGAAAAAAUUAAUUGUUUGAAAUGUCUGGGGCUGAUAUGAGGAAGGUUUAGUGACAUUGACCUGACAGGUUUUAUUGGGGGCGGGGGUGAUGCUCAUGAUAUUUCUUGUACUAUUUUUAGACAACUUUUUUGUAUAGAAUUGUUUAUAUAAUGUAGUUGCCUUGGCAGGUGAUGAUUCUGGGAAUUCUAGUGCCUGCACUGGUCUGUUGCUGUUGGAGAGCCAAGACCACCAUCCGGAAGUAGUUUGGGAACCGGGGGAAUCAGCUGUAGUGAUUAGGGAUUAGACCCGAGAUAGAAUAGAGCUUCCCAGAGCAGGUGGGAGAUGGAAAAACAACACCUUCUGAACUCUCAUCUUCUGAAAAGACAGAGCGGGAAUGGACUGUCAAACGAAAGGAAAAUAAAUGUUGGCUUUCAUUCAAUAUUCACAGAGACACAAAGAAAAAAAGAAGAAAUAGAUUUUCUCCCACCACCAGUCUGACAUGCUAAAGAAUCUUAUGUCAAUGGCCUAGUGAGUUGACAGUAGGAUGUUGUCUCCCAAAUAAAGCCCUCAGUGAGAUUCUUUCAGAUCUGUUGACAUUAGCAAAGUCAUCUAGCAGAACACUGUUUUGUUCUUUCAGCGUUCUUUUCCUAAAUGUCUUUUUAAAAGCAUAUUUAAUGUCAUGCAUCAAAAGACCAUAAAAUGGUGGCCAGUGGAAGCAGAGAGUCCUCGUAACAAUCUAAGAAAAUGGACUGAGACAGACAAGCCACCUGGGAAGAUGGGACCCUCUGUGGGUCACAUUUUUUAAUGCUCUGCUGGAACUUGGUAAUGCCUGAACCAUUAUAUGGUUUUGCGAGAUGACUUGUACCAUGGAUCUUUGGUGGUUCUUUUUAUUCUUAAUCCACACUUCAGUACUCUUUCCCCUCAUUUAACAGUCCAUAUAUUUAAACAGACAGAGAAAACAGAGAAGAUUGAAGUAUUAGACUAUGACAGAAUAGACAGCUAGCCAGUAGAAUGAUGAGUUAAUGAGUUGCUCUAAUUGCCUAGGUCCAACCCUUCCUCCCCAACCCCCACUGACUCCUUUAUCCUCCUUCCAUUCAUCAAGCCUUGAAAUCAUUUGGGAAGUUAAAGAAAAAUUUACAAAGUCUUUUGUUCCCCUGCAGUGUUUCUUGUGGUUGUGCAGAACACCAGAUCUGGAUCAAAAAUGAAACAAAUCUGUAGGAAUAGAGGCUUUAGGAGUAUGUCUUUGAAUAAAAAAGGUUUUUCCUUAAAAA